AUGUCCACCGACGACAUCCCGUCGUCCUCCGACGUCGACGCCAUCAUCCUCCGAUUCUUACGCCACUUCAGGGACCCGCGCGACGUCAGCCGUGUCGGCCAGGAAUUUUUCCGAGGAAAACCCCACAAAACCCUUCCCCUGGCCACACGCCGCAAGCGAAAGUCCAAGCGGAUCGACGAGCUGGCGGCGAUGUCCGACUCCGACGACGACGAGAUUGAAGCAUUCCACAAGCAGCAGGACAUGAUCCCCCUUGACGACGACGAUGCGAGGGAGUCGGAGGAUGACGAUAUGGAGCAGCCCGUGUUCGACCUGAAGGUAAUUUGUGCCCCUUAUCGAUCUUGUUCUUCAGGAAUUCGCAAUGCAUCCAACCAUGAAACCAAAAUGAAAGAAAACCUUGCUGUCCUAUCAAGCAAUGACAAAAUGGGUGUGCUAUACAGUUCUGCUCCUGAACUCGUUAGCUUGUUGUCUGAGUUGAAGGAGGCCCAUGAAGAAUUUAGGGCUAUAGGACAGCUCAACAAUCAGGUAAAUUAUUGCUACUCACUACUGGAUCCAUUUUCUUGUUUCAAUCCAAACUGCCGCUGGCUCAUGCCUUCCAUGGCUCUCAUCGCCAUCUGCAGAUCUUUAGGGAUCCAUGGAAGAGUGGAUGAGCACAUGGGCUUGCAAAGCCUGGAAAUGUUGAAAGUAAGAGCCAACCUUGAGGAAAGAUUAAAGAAAAAGGGGCUCUAUAAUUUGACAAGAUCGAAGCCAGAGAAGUUGUCAAAAACCAGGACAACUAGUAAUCAAGACUUGCAGACAUUGGAUGACUUUGAUGAUGAAGUGCAGAGGAAUAAUCAAAUGAUGAAACCUAGCAAGCUUGUGGCAGCUGCUGCUAAAUCUAAUAAAAACAAGUUUGUUUCUGGUGAUGAUGAUCUUCCAAAGCGAGAUAAUGUUGGUGAAAGGCGGAGGAAACACGAGCUUCGUGUCCUAUCAAGAGUAGGAGCUAACUCAGUUGAAUAUGAUCAUGAGUUGCCAGAAGAUGGUGACGGUUCUGAAGACGAGUUCUAUCGGGAUGUGAAAAGACAGAGGACUGAAAAACUGUCAUUGAAGAAUGAGAAGUACUUACCAGCUCGUAGCAUUCAACCCGUGGAGGAAGAAACUGAAGGAGAUGGCAAGAGGAAGAUUUCAUAUCAGAUCGAGAAGAACAGGGGCUUGACACGUUCCAGAAAUAAAAAGAAAAAGAAUCCGCGAAAGAACUACAGGGAUAAGCCUUGGAAAAAGCUUGUCAAGCGGAAAGGCCAAGUGCGUGACAUCAGGAAGCCAUCCCGUCCCUAUGGAGGUGAAAUGUCCGGCAUCAACCCUAACGUUAGCCGCAGCGUUCGGUUCAAGAGUUAAUUUCAUUUGUAUGUUCAGUUUAAUAAUGUUGGACAUG